AUGAACGAAUAUAGAUGUCCUAGCAGAGAAGACUGGGUUACACUUGCAAAUAUAUUUAGUUUAGAGUAUGAGAGUUGUAGUAUUAAUGAAAACAAGGAUUAUAAAAAGUUAAUGCAUAAGUUUUCAGAAGAUUCUCCUGCUAUUAGAUAUUCAAAACAGUUUAGUAUCGAUCCAAACAAUAUUAUUAAAUGUCUUAAACUACCUAAAACUCGAUCAUUAUUAAUGCUAGUUAAAAAGCCUAAUGAUCAAAUCAACAUAUUACAACUAAACAAUCUUUAUGAAGAGUUAAACACCAGUCUUUCAAAUCCACAUCCAAAAAGAAAAAGCAAGCAGGAACUAAUAAAUGCUAAAAGGAAACAUAGGCAUACAAUAACAGAACUACAACAACAACAACUAAAUAAUAAAGAUCAUACAAUAACGGAACUACAACAACAACUAAACAAUAAAGAUCAUGCAAUGGCAGAGCUAAAGCAACAAUUAAAUAAUAAAGAUCAACAAAUAGAAUCAUUAAAUAAUAAAGUGCAUACAGUAACCGAACAACAACAACAAUUAAAUAUUAAAGAUCAACAAAUAGAAUCAUUAAAUAUAGAAUUAAACAAUUUAAGACAAAAGUAUCAAGAGUUGAGUCAGCAUUUUGAAGAUUUCCGAGAUUCUGUUGAAGGGUAUAUCGCUCGAGAUAUCGAUAUGAAAUUCAGCAACAACCCAGGCAAAGUUAAAGCAGUUGUAGUUGAACCAACAAAGGAGAGAGAUGAACUCGUUGUAAAGAUUGAAACCCUUCUAAAGAAAAGCCCUGGUCUCAAGGAUACUAUUUUCUAUUCUCUGCUGUCUGAUCAGAUUGAUACCUUAAUCAGUAAAAGAGGUACGUGGUCUGUCAACACUUCUAUUUGCACAGACGCUGAAGCAUCAUGGAAAGAAGCUAAUUAA